CAUGAAUCAGAAAAUGAAAUCUAAAAUGACUGAUCUGUAUAAAAGUCUUCUGAAAACCAUGCUUAGAAUGAAUUCUUUUAUAUUUACAGGUUUCAUAUGGGGUGAAAUUAAACAGAUGUGGGAUGGUGGACUACAGGAUUACAUUCAUGACUGGUGGAACCUAAUGGAUUUCGUAAUGAACUCCUUAUACUUGGCAACAAUUGCUUUGAAAAUUGUUGCAUUUUCAAAGUAUAGCGGCUUACUCGCGCGUCAAAAAUGGGAUAUGUGGCACCCCACAUUGGUGGCUGAGGCAUUGUUUGCUAUUGCGAACAUCUUUAGUUCCCUGCGCUUGAUCUCAUUAUUUACUGCAAAUUCUCACCUUGGACCUCUGCAAAUAUCUCUAGGAAGAAUGUUACUGGACAUUUUAAAGUUUCUAUUCAUAUACUGUCUCGUGCUGCUAGCUUUUGCAAAUGGAUUGAACCAGUUGUACUUCUAUUAUGAAACAAAUGAACCCGACAGCUGCAAAGGAAUACGGUGUGAAAAGCAAAAUAAUGCAUUUUCAACACUAUUUGAAACACUACAGUCAUUAUUCUGGUCUAUAUUUGGUCUCAUCAAUCUGUACGUGACCAAUGUACAGGCACGACAUGAGUUUACUGAGUUUGUUGGGGCCACCAUGUUUGGAACCUAUAAUGUCAUCUCGCUGGUUGUUCUACUCAACAUGUUAAUAGCCAUGAUGAAUAACUCUUACCAGCUCAUUGCUGAUCAUGCAGACAUCGAAUGGAAGUUUGCUCGAACAAAGCUUUGGAUGAGUUACUUUGAAGAAGGAGGGACUCUGCCCACUCCCUUCAAUGUUUUACCAAGCCCCAAGUCUCUCUGGUAUCUGAUCAAAUGGACAUGGAGACAUCUGUGCAAGAAAAAGAUUAGAAGGAAACCCGAAAGUUUUGGAACCAUAGGGAGGCGUGCAGCUGAUAAUUUGAGGAGACAUCAUCAAUACCAGGAAGUGAUGAGAAAUCUUGUUAAGCGAUACGUUGCCGCAAUGAUAAGAGAUGCCAAAACUGAAGAAGGACUCACAGAAGAGAAUUUUAAGGAGUUAAAGCAAGAUAUUUCCAGCUUUCGUUUUGAAGUCCUGGGUUUGUUGAAAGGAAACAGACUUUCUAAUUUGCAAACUUCAAAAAUCAACAAAGAAGCCUCUUCUUUGUUAGAGACUGAUGAAAACUGUGCGAGUGGAGGAAAGGAGAAAGUAAAGAAAAAGAACUUCAGCCUUUUUGACAUAACUACACUGAUUCAUCCAAGAUCAGCUGCUAUAGCCUCUGAACCACAUAACAUAAGCAAUGGAGCUGCACUGAUGGUGUCUGAGCCCAUAAAGGAGAAACAAAAAAGGGUGAACUUUGUAACAGACAUAAAAAGCUUUGGAUUAUUUCAUAGACGAUCAAAAACAAGCUCCGUGGAAGUGAGUGCAAAUAAAAUAUACUCUGUGUCUGAAGAAGUUUCACAACAACAGGUGGACGAACAAUGCGAGAAAACUACUGAACUGGAAGGGGAAAAAAUGGUCAUGAACUGUGAAUUAAGUGUCCAAGGUCUCAGUGACAAGUGCAUGCUAACAAACAAUAAGCAAACCAACAGUGAGACUUUGGAUACACAGUAUGAGGAGAAUGAUUGUGCUGUAGAAACCGAGAAGACAGAGGUACAGGAUUCAGACCCCCCCCCACCAGAGGAUUUGCUGGACAAGAAGUUGGACGUUACCAGUGACUCGGAGAUGAACGAAGAGAUAGUUGGUCACGAUGAUUAUGUAACAACGAGGUUGUGAUGCGAGUGGGAGUGAGCAUAUACAAAUAUAUAUAUUUUGCAUAGUGCUUUUUUGGACAGGAUGAUUUAAAAGUUAUAUUAGAAAGUAUAGAAUUACACUUUAUAGUAUUCAACAACCAUGGCACAUGAACUUGUAACAUAAUUAGGUGAGGGAAAGACAAUAGAGGAACCUUCUGUUUUGUAGCCUGCUUUAGCUUUCACAAUUUGUUUUACAUUUUUUAAUAAAUGGAAGCAUCUUGUAUUCUUGUACUGUUGCAAUAACCCACAGAAACUUUUUAGCUAUCUUUUUUCAAUUAAAACAAAUGCAAUUUCUCUCAUAUGAUAGUUGACUCCUAUGAUAAAUAUUUUUCUAUGCAAAUAAAAAGUAGCUUAAUCUUGUAAGCCUUUACUUAACUUUUUUAGUUCCUUAAAGAUAAUGGGCAGCAUAAUAAUCCAUAAGCAGUUUCUGUCAAUACAAUUAUUUAAAUGGGUAGAAAUUUGAUUUGCUUCAAAUGUUAUGGAAAUAAAUUAAAACAUAAUAUAUCAUUUAUUUAUUGAAAGAGUGUUAAUAACUGUACAUUAUGAAUAAUUUUCCUAUUUGGUUAUUUAAUUAUACUUCCCCAUCCCCCAUAGAGUUAUGACCCUACUGAUGACAUUGUUACAAUUUAAUUUGCAAAAAAAUUGGGUUGUAUAAAAUGUUUCCUUUCUUAUAGUAAACAAAAUGUUUAUGGCUUGCUACAAUUUUAUGACUGUUUAUUCCGAAAGAAUCCACAAUCAGUACCAGCUAUUAUUUCUCCAAACAUCUGCUUUUUCCAAAUGUGGACAAACUAUGCACUUCAAUAUACAAUUGCUCAUUAGCUUCUGCCUUCAUAUUACAAAUGCAUUUGCUAAGAGCAAGAUUACUUCAGAAAAAAAUCCUUCUAAAUAUUAGAAAAAUAUGACAAUCUGCUAGGAAUAUUUGAAAGGCAAACCUAACAGAGGUUUUCUGGAUCAUCACAGAGUUUUGGGGAACCUAAUGGAUGAUUUUAUACAAAAAUACUUAGACAUUCAAAUAUAUAAUAGA